GUGUGCUGCACUGCGAUCGAGAGCUGCCGCCGCUCAUGACCAAAACACAAAGUCGUCGAUUUAACCAGAUGAGCUACUGCUAGGGGGAAAAAAUACCAAAUUUAUCUUCAGUUUUAUUAAGUUACAGGGGAAGGAGGGAACGAGCAAAACAUGUCUGAACUCGGCCAAACAUCUGACGAAGAUGUGUCCCCCGAGGACAUAAAUGAAGACGAAAUCCUGGCCAAUCUCUCCCCUGAGGAGCUGAAGGAGCUGCAGAGUGAGAUGGAGGUGAUGGCCCCUGACCCUGAGCUCCCCACAGGAAUGAUACAGAGGGAUCAGACAGAGAAGCCCCCAACGGGCAGCUUUGACCACCGCUCCCUGGUGGACUACCUGUACUGGCAGAAGGCGUCCCGACGCAUGCUUGAGGAUGAGAGAGUUCCCGUCACCCUCCUGCCCUCCGAGAGAAUGACUGCAGAGGAGAUGGGAGACAGUGGAGGCAGGAGGGGGCCAGAGGCUGAUGGGAAAGAGCGGCACUACAAAAAUGAAAGCGUGUCACAUGCAGUAACACAGCCUGAGGAGAUGAACAGAGAUGGAAGCAAUGAGGAGAGAGAGGAGGAGGAGGAGGAGGAAGAGGAGGAAGGUGAAGAGGAGGAAGAUGAGAGUGAGUCAGAAACAAAGGAAACUUGUGUUAAUGAAAACCAUCACAGUGAUCAAACAAGCAAGCAACCAGGUACAGAGUCAGGGGAAAAUACAGGAAAGUCAGAUGAAAAUGAAAAGAAAAUCUCAAAAUUGAACAUCCCCAAAAAGUUAGCAUUAGAUACCAGCUUCAUGAAGCUCAGUGCUAGGCCAUCAGGAAAUCAAACCAAUUUAGAAGAGAGCUUGGAGAAAGUCCGAAAAAACAAUCCAGAGAUGAAGGAGCUCAACCUGAACAACAUAGAGAACAUCCCCAAAGAAAUGCUGAUAGACUUUGUCAAUGCAAUGAAGAAGAAUAAGAACAUAAAAACGUUCAGCUUGGCCAAUGUGGGAGCUGAUGACAGCGUUGCAUUUGCACUGGCCAAUAUGCUGCGUGAGAACAGGAGCAUCACCACGCUCAACAUCGACUCCAACUUCAUCUCUGGGAAGGGCGUUGUGGCCAUCAUGAGGUGCCUGCAGUACAACGAGAUUCUGACGGAGUUCCGCUUCCACAACCAGAGGAGCAUGCUGGGCCACCAGGCUGAGAUGGAGAUCGCCAGGCUGCUGAAGGCCAACAACACCCUGCUGAAAAUGGGCUACCACUUCGAGCUGCCGGGGCCCAGGAUGGUGGUGACCAACCUGCUGAGCAGGAACCUGGAUAAGCAGAGGCAGAAGAGGCAGGAGGGGCAAAGGCAGCAGCAAAUGAAAGAGCAGAGAGAGCUGAUCGCCAUGUUGGAGAAUGGACUGGGCUUGCCACCUGGGAUGUGGGAGAUGCUGGGGGGGCCAAUGCCCCAGUCCAGACCGCAGGAAGCUCCCCCAGCACCCAAACCACCCAUCCUCACCUCAGCACCUCAGGGGCGGGGGAAGGAAAGCACACGAGCCACAGCUCCUGAGCAGCCGCGUGGGGCUGAGCCCAGCUUCAGGGUGAUCAAGCUGAAGAAGAUCCAACGCAAACCCGCCGUGCCCAAGUAUGUGGAGCCCACUGAGAAAACCAACCUCAAGGAUGUGAUCAAGACCCUGAAGCCGAUCCCCAGGAGAAGACCCCCUCCUCUCGUCGAGAUAACACCACGAGAUCAGCUGCUGAAUGACAUUCGUCAGAGCAACGUCGCGUACCUCAAACCGGUGCCAUUACCAAAGCAGUUGGAGUGAGAGACCCAAAGAAAACAACUCGGAGCAAAGACUGUUCAAGUUUUGCUUACAGUUGUUUCAGCAGAAGUUUUCUGCAGAACCCAGGUGGUGUAUAUGACUCUUUGGGAACAAAGCUUGCAAUAUGCACUUCUCUCAGUGUGAUGAAAAAGGCUGGCACGGGAAAAAUCAGCACUGAGAAUUUCCAUCAGGUAUCAAAAUCCCAGUGCCAUCUGUCUGCCAAAUGGAUUCAAGGCUCCAGUUUGUUGUGGGAGGAUUUCCUCAGAGACAUCAAUAACCUUAAGUCUUUCUAGUUUGUCAGUAAACUAUUUUGCUUCCA